UUCCAAGAGACGGUGGACACGAAAUAUGUGAUAUUUGAGCACUUGGAUCGCGUGACCCGUCGAUUGGCGUAUAAAUUGGAUUAUUUCGUAAUAUUCUCGUCGCUGUCGUGCGGGAAGGGGAACGGGGGUCAGGCCAACUACGGUCUCGGCAACGCUAGGUGUGAGCGACUGUGCGAACAGCGCCAACGCGACGGACUGCACGCCCUGUCCAUACAAUACGGCGCUAUUGGCGAUGUGGGCGCCCUCUCCGAAAAGGAUCAGGCUGUUCAGUUGUCCAAUUUGCGCAAACAGCGCAUAAACUCGGUUUUGGAUGUGCUUGAUAAAUUGCUGGCUGUUAAUAAGACUAUUGUUACAUCGUUUGUUAAAGCUGAGCGUAUUAUGCAGUCGGGUAGUCGUCAAAAGCGUAUGGUUAAAGAGUUGUGGCGAGCGUUGGGCAUAGACCCGGACACUACACCCGAUCACUUAACCCUCGGUGAGAUAGGGCUCGAGUCUAUGUUUGCCGUUGAGUUACAACAGGAGUUGGAGAGGGAGUGGAAUAUCAAGAUGUCUAUCAAUCACGUGAAGAACAUUACCGUUAAAAUGCUUAAAGACUACGAAUCGGGUCGUAUGGAGGACUUCAAGAAAUAUGUAGACGAGGUGAAAACGGCCAAAGCCAACUUGCUCAAAUGCAAAUUUGUCAUACCGCUUGAGAAGUACACGCGACUUAAUCAGGUGAGCACCGGUCAGCCCAUCUACUUCUUGCCCGCUAUCGAGGGGUCGUUUAAAUCGUUUGAAGAGUUGGCCGUACGGUUCGAUCGACCGGUGAUUGGCCUGAAUUGGACCCGAGAUCUGGACUCGUGUGAGACAAUCAAAGAAAUCAAUCGCUAUUUCUCGGAUCUGCUGAAGACAGUGCAGCCUCGAGGCCAGUACGAUGUGGUCGGGUAUUUCGACUUCGCUCUGACGGCCGGCAAACUGUUGCGCAGAAACCAACAGAUCGAUCGCGCGGUCAUUAUUGACAUACUGUCCGAAACCCAGUUCUCGGACGAUGUGGUGACCGACGAGUUUCUAUUGGAGUUUAUCUUCAUGUUUGUGUCGAAUGAGAUCCCGCAGUCAUUUCGCGAUAAGAUCUUCCGCGACAUGAAGUGUGAGCCCAAUAUCGACGCCCGAAUACGUCGGGCGUGUAAUGAGAUCCGCGACUUCGCCGGCAAAGGUCUGGUGGCGCCCGACUUGGAGGAGAUAUUACGCAAUUCACUGAAACGGGCGAAACUGUUGGCCGCACAUCGCUGUCACAAGAAGAGCAAAUUGGCACAAAUGAGCGCCAAAUGGGCCACAAAGUGGGCUAAGAGUACCGGCAAACUGAUUGUCGUAAAGCCCUUCGAGUUCUCUAGGAUUGACGACGAGGACGAGUUCUUGGACCGCACCCGAGACCUCUACUUCUUGCCCCAACACAAUGAAUCGUGUGAUACAAUCAAAUACGAGAAGGUCGAUGAAUAUUCGCUGGCCAUUGCAUCAGAAAAGAUUGGUGAAAAGCUUCUAGAUAUUUUAAAUGAAUAA